AUGGCACCUGCAGACGACAUCGCAAUCGUGGGGUACUCUUUUAAACUGCCCCAAGAUGUAGACGACGACUGCAGUCUCUGGGAUGUCCUCUCCAAGAGGCGCAAUCUGAUGACGGAAUGUCCCAAGUCUCGCAUCGACUCUGAUUCAUUCGUGACCAAUAAGCAUUACAGUUUCCACGGCCAUCGAGGGCACUUCAUCAACGAAGAUCUGGGUCUCUUUGAUGCUCCAUUCUUCUCGGUCACGGCCAAUGAGGCUGCCGCCAUGGAUCCGAUGCAACGUUGGACACUCGAGACGACCUACCAUGCAUUCGAGAAGGCUGGCAUUCCAGUGGAGAGCCUUAGAGGCUCUCGCACUGCCGUCUUCUCGGCUUCCAUGGUGGAAGAUUACGCCAAGAUGAUUGCCAUGGACCCUGAUAAUGCGGAACGCACGGCUGUUACUGGAAGUAGCGUCGCCUGCGUUAUUCCCAAUCGCAUCAGCUGGUACUUUGACCUGAGGGGGCCUAGCAUCCAUGUGAAUACGGCCUGUUCCAGCAGUUUGUCGGCAGUCGAUAUGGCAUGCAAGACCAUCCACAGCGGGGAUGCUACAUGUGCCGUUGUUACUGGUUCCAAUCUUCUUCUUGACCCGGCAAUGUUCCAGUCCUUGUCCGCGCAAAAGUUUCUUUCUCCAGACGGCCUUUGUCAAAGUUUCGACCACAAAGCAAACGGAUACGGAAGAGGCGAAGGCAUCCUCGCCAUAGUCCUGAAGCCAGUAUCCCUAGCUGUGCAGGACGGUGACAUUAUUCGUGCUGUGAUCCGAUCAACGGGCUCAAACCAAGAUGGACAUACGCCUGGGCUUACCCAGCCGAGCUCUCAAGCGCAGGAAGACUUGAUUCGACGCGUCUAUGCGCAGGCCGAUCUUUCCCUCGACAAGACGCGCUAUAUUGAAGCACACGGUACCGGCACAGCUGUGGGCGAUCCCAUUGAAGUGAAAGCGAUAGGCCGGAGCUUCCACGAAAGUCGGUCAGCUGAGGAACCUCUCUACAUUGGCUCUAUCAAGGCAAAUAUCGGACAUCUCGAAGGGGCUAGUGGAUUGGCCGGUAUCGUCAAGUGCAUUUUGAUCCUGGAAAGGGGGAUUAUUCCACCCAGCGCCCUCCUCGAGAAGAUCAAUCCAGCCAUCGAUGCCGAGUCUUACAAUAUUACGGUCCCUACCCAAGAGGUGCCCUGGCCAAAUCCAGGCCUGCGCCGCGCAUCGGUGAACUCGUUUGGAUUUGGAGGAUCCAACACACACGUUAUACUCGAAGAUGCCCUCCACUACCUGCGAGAACGGGACCUACCCGGGCGACAUUGUACAAUUGGUGGUGGCGAGCUGGAAUCACCCUCGGGGCCAACAACACCUCGCGCCAACGGAACCUCUCCUGGCUUAACCGGCAAACCUCCAUUGAACCAAACAAGUCUCCUAGUAUGGAGUGCAGCGAGCGAAAAGGCCGUCAAGCGCGUCUUGCAAGGCUAUGAUAUGUUUUACAAAGAUCAUGUGGUGGGGCAUUCCCUGAAGGUGCGUCAACUGGCCUACACUUUGGCUGCUCGGCGGAGCAAGAUGCUCUGGAGAAGCUUUGCCUUAGCCUCGGAUGAACUGGAAGAUGGCCAAGUGCAUUUGUCUCCAGAAAAGCCAGUUAGAAGCUCGGCUGAUCUCGGGCUUGCAUUCAUCUUCACCGGCCAGGGGGCGCAGUAUGUCGAUAUGGGAAGGGGUCUUACCCAAUAUCCCAUCUUUUACGAUACUCUGAAACGGAUCGACAUCAUUUACGGUAGCCUAGGCUGUAAAUGGUCGAUUUUUGAUGAACUUGGUCGUAGCGAAAGCAUCAACAAGCCCCAAUACAGCCAGCCGCUAUCUACCGCCAUACAAAUCGCCCUUGUCGAGCUGCUUUACUCUUUUGAGAUCAGACCCAAAGCUGUCGUGGGACAUUCUUCGGGCGAGAUCGCCGCAGCUUAUGCUGUGGGUGGGUUAGACUUGGAUUCCGCCUGCAAAGUCUCGUACUUUCGCGGCCAGUUGGCCGGACAGCUCCGAGAAGCAAGCGCCUCGUACCCCGGGGUCAUGAUCUCGAUAAACAUCACCGAGGACCGUGUCCCAAGUUAUCUCAGUGAAGCCAUUGGAGCUGAAUCCGUCGCUCUGAUAAGCGUUGCUUGCGUCAACAGUCCACUCAACUGCACCUUGUCAGGCCCCGAAGAUGUCAUCGACAAGAUCAAGCAACAAGCAGACAAAGACGGCAUAUUCGCACAAAAGCUCAAGACGGGGGUUGCUUAUCACUCUCCAGCCGUCAUGUCUAUUGCUAGCGAGUACCUUUCUCGGAUAAGUUCUCUCAACGUUGCUGGGAGUCAAGACCCUAAGGUCCUCGUCCGUGUUCCCAUGGUUUCGUCAGUCACUGGCAAGCCGGUUUGCUCAGAAGAGCUAUCCAAAGGGGAAUACUGGGUUGACAACAUGGUAUGUCCAGUUAGAUUCGCCGAUGCCGUGGAGCAUCUCGUGCAAGACACGUCCAGGGACAAGCUGGGUCUCGACAGUAUCAGCGAUCUGGUCGAGGUCGGCCCUCACCCAGCGCUUCGUCGGCCUACACUCGACACCAUCAAACAGACGGAGAACCAGGCCAAGGACAUCAGGUACACGAGUGCUCUGCACCGUUCUCGCCCUGCGGUAGAUGCGGUGCUUAGCCUCGUCGGGCAACUCUUCAGCCUUGGGCAUUCAGUCUCGGUGGCUGCAGCCAACCAGCAGUCGCCAGACGACAAGACCCCAUUUCUUACCGACUGCCCCAAGUAUCCCUUUGAUCACUCGCGACGCUACUGGAGCGAGCCGCGGAUCAGUCGAGGCUUCCGGCUUCGCGGGACUGUCCAAGGAAAGACGCUCGGGGUGAGGGUAUCGGACUGGAAUCCUUUUGAGCCUCGAUGGAGAAACUUUCUGAGCGUCGAAACUGACCCAUGGAUUGGAGAUUACAAAGUGCACAACAAGAUACUCUAUCCCGCGGCAGGCAUGCUGAUUAUGGCGAUCGAGGCCGUGCAAGAAAUGGUAUCAAAUGACCGAGAUGUAUCAGGGUAUCACGUCAAGACUGCCGAGUUUCUUGGUCUCAUUCCCGUUCAAAACGCCUGGGAGAAUCGGGUCGAGACAGAAGUGCAUCUGCGCCCCGUUGGCAAAAAGCACACGGCCGAGACAAGGUUGUUUGAGGUCGCCAUUUACUCAUACGCUGAGGAUGAGUGGACACAGCGCCUACGUGCCACCAUUCGUGUCGACUACAAAAAUUCUCCGGAGACCGAAUACAGACAAUUGUGUCAUGACUAUGUGCGUGAACAGUUUCGGCUGGCACAGUCCCUUAGUCGUCCCAUCGACUCGCACGUUUUCUACGGCAACGCUGCAGAGAACAGUCUCCAAUACGGCGACUCGUUCCGCCUGGGCCAAGACAUAAGAUUUGAUGGAAAUGCAACUGCGUUGAUGCAUGUCGACGCUACCAAGCCAAGAUACCGGACAAGCAGUUUAGUGCAUCCUGCCAUCCUCGAUCAGGCGUUCCACAUCUUGCGAGUCAGCGCAGGGCAACAACCUGCUUGCAACGUUCCCAUACGCAUAGCCGACUCCUGGUUCGCGGCUUCAGGUUGGCAGAUGGGCUCAAUUAGAUGGAUGUCUCGCUCCUGUUGCAGUCGGCUUGACAGACCACAUGGUGACCACGGGGAAGAGGGCUCCGUGUAUGCCCUAGCCGACGAUGGGUCUAUUCUCUGCACCAUUCGAAAUGCCAUCACGAAAAGUCAAAGUAAGAGUACGAACGAGGCUGAGCGGAAGCUCCUCCACCGAAUCGAGUGGAGGCCCUCGUUAGGCCUGAUUGACCCCGAGCGACUUCGCCAGCUCUGUCGUGCCGAUACCUUCAGCAGGGACGAGACGACCAUUCUAGAAAACCACGCUGAGCUUUGCUCAACGUUGGACCUUGUGGCUGCUCGGACUCUCAGGCACUUGGACAGGACCAAGGUCCCCGAGAGCUUAGGACGUCAUGUCGAGUGGAUAGAGCACCACGUCAGCAAGAUGUCUCCUGACAAGAUCCAAGCAAGCGAAGACAUCACCGACGUCCAAGUCGAGGCUCAGCUCUCCCAUAUCGAAGAUGUACUCCCAGCCUGGAAGGUAUACACAGCGUGCGCCCGCAGGUUGCCCGAGAUUCUGGCUGGAGAACUCGACCCUCUCCAAGUCGUGUUCGGGUCCAACCUAGCCGACAUCUUCUACGCCGACCUGUUCCAGUGCUUGUGUGCCGAUGGUAGACUGGGCGCCAUCCUGGACUUGGCAGCCCACGAGAACCCAGCGCUACGCAUUCUGGAAGUCGGCGCUGGCACAGGCGGUAUGACUACCCAUGUUCUCACAACCCUACAGGAACGCGAGAAGCGGACUGGCGCCCUCAGCUUCGCAGAGUACACCUACACCGACAUCUCACCCGCCUUCUUCGAGAGAGCGAUGGGUAGAUGGCCUGAUCUUCAAUGCCAGGGCCGCCUUUCUUUCAAGACUCUGGAUCUAGAUCGAGAUGUUGAGGAGCAAGGUUUUGAACUGGGCUCGUACGAUAUUGUUGUCGCCGCUUGCGUACUCCACGCGACCCCUGAUCUUGAAGCCACCAUCAGAAAUGUCCGCAAGGCUCUUAGACCGGGAGGCCAACUCAUCCUCCUUGAAGUCAUCAAUUCGGACGACAUCGCCACCAACUUCAUGGCUGGCUUGCUGCCUGGCUGGUGGGUUGCGCGCGAAGAAUGGCGUCCUCACUCUGCGGCUGUCCCUGAGAGCUUGUGGGACAAGUGCUUACGAGCGAAUGGUUUCUCGGGGAAUGAUGUUGUCAUUCGCGACUACAAGAACGACCAUUGCCAUAUCAUGAGCGUUAUUGUGUCGACCGCUGUUGAGGAGAAGGGUGAGCCGCCCAACUUGGUUCUACCACUGGGUCGCCUUAUCCUAAUCGUAGAGGACCAAGACUCGAAGCAGCAGGAAUUGGCCAAGUUGGUGCUUACUCACAUUGAUCUUAAAGGCUUGCGGGAAUCAGUCACCUGUGGCUUCUCUAUCGAUCAACUCAAGAACUUGUUCCAGGAGCUGACUGCAAACGACACGGUGAUCUGUCUUUACGAAGUCUGCAACAAGCCUCUCCUCUCGGCACUGACAGAGGAGGGGUUUACAUGUCUCCAGCUCUUGAUCAAUGAGGCACCCAGACUUCUGUGGGCAACGGCGUCUGGCAUUGGUAACCCUCAAUCCUGUCAGUACAGCGUGGCCCAAGGUUUCCUUCGCUCUAUCCGAGCCGAGCAGGCGGAUAGCCACAUUGUCACUCUCACAAUUGAGGACAGCCUGGACAUAUCCGCGGCUUCUGGUCUUAUUGGCAAGGUCUACCGUCAAGUUUAUAGACCAUUCGCAUCCAAAGAGGUCGAAUAUCUUGUCCGUGAUGGUCUUGUGUUGACUGGCCGAGCCGUGGAAGAUGUGACUGACAACACCACCCUUGGGUCUCUACUUUAUCCACGGCUACAAGAAACGAGAUGGGCCGACGUAGAGGCCCUGCAAGUUUUUCUGGAAAUCAAUGGUUCUUCCGAGUCUCUUUGGUUCGUACCUGAUGCCAGGCACGACACCGAACUGGGGCCUCAUGAGGUUGAGAUCGAAGCGAAGGCUUGGGGCCUAAACCGAAAAGAUGUCCAAGUCUCGACUACUGGCGGUAAAUUGCCGUUGCGGUGUGACAGUGCGGGGAUUGUCACCCGGGUAGGCCCCGAUUGUGACUCCUCCAUCCAGCCAGGGGAUCGUGUCUUUAUGAUGGUCGAUGAAGGCAUGCGCAAGUACCCUCGGGCCAAAGAUAACGCGACGGUAAAACUCCCUGAUUCUCUGUCUUUCGAGUCUGCUGCUCUCAGUCUCGGCCCGCUAACAGCGGCUGUUCAUGGUCUUGUUCACGUUGGCAGAAUCAGACAUGAAGAAUCUGCCUUGGUCCUUUUUCCGGACAGUGCCAUUGGUCAAAUGGCAAUCCAGGUUGCCCAAGCACAAGGAGCAAGGGUCUUUGUAGCAAACUUGUCCUCUGGGAAGUCUUCAGCUUUGGAUAGCAUUCCCAGAGUCUUCCCCGAUACUCUCCUGGACAGCCGAGACCCUCGGUGGACUUCAAAACUUGUCGAGGUCACUGCUGGUGCAGGUGCAGGUGUUGAUGUAGUCUUCAACUCCGACCCGAACAUGGAUGCGCUGAGGGCUUCGUGUGAAUGCAUCGCCUCGGGUGGACGGUUGAUCCAGGUUGCAUCUGCCGACGUCAAUAACAACAGCGCGGAGUUUAUGGAUGAUAUUCCGAGAAAUGUCACAUUCUCUAGCAUUGAUCUUCUGGGGUUGAAGCCCAGCGCGAUGGCCGACGUCAUGAGGAAAGCCGUGGAACUUUUUACGGAUAAAAAGGUGCAGCCUUCCUCAGAUAUGGUAGUAUCCUCCGUGCCCGACUUGGAGAAUGCUUUCAAGCAUCUGCAGAGCAGCGGCAAAGAUUGCCGGGCGGUUAUUUGUACAAACGACGAUGACGCGGUUCAGGUAUUCACCAAAGAGAGUCAGUGUUGGAGUUUUGAUAACAAGUCUUCCUACGUGGUAGCCGGUGGAUUCGGAGGGCUCGGACGAGCCAUCGUAAGAUGGAUGGUCGACCGUGGAGCGAAGCACUUGAUCAUCCCAUCCCGCUCAGGUCCUUCGUCGCCAUCAGCUACGCAACUAGUAGAAGAGCUGACGAAGAAGGGAGUCAACUUGAUGAUUGCUAAUUGCGACGUAUCCUCUGAGUCAAGUCUCACCGCUCUCCUCCAAGAUUGUUCAAAGACCAUGCCGCCGAUCAAGGGCUGCAUAAACGCUGCCAUGGUCCUUCAAGAUGCAACCUUUCGGACCAUGACCUUUGCGCAAUGGGAUCUGGCCGUACGGACUAAAGUACAAGCAUCAUGGAACUUGCAUCGUCUAUUACCCCAAGAUCUCGACUUCUUUAUUCUCUUGUCCUCUCUCGCUGGUGUCAUCGGCCAGAUGGCCAGCGCCAACUACGCUGCUGGCUGUUCAUUCCAGGACGCUCUGGCCCGCCAUAGGACUACGCAGGGUCAAAAAGGGUUGUCAAUUGACAUUGGCUGGAUGUUCAAUGUCGGCAUCGUAUCCGAGACUACAGCUUAUCAGCGCCAACGACAAAAGGCCAACGACAUGCAACAGAUCGACGAAGCUGAACUACUGGCUCUGUUAUCACUGUGCUGCGACCCAAACUACCCGCUCACGACUGAAGGUCAGCUUCUGUUCGGGCUGAAGACGCCCGCGGAUAUUCUCAGCCAAGGCCAGACCCCUCCGGCUUUACUGGACCGACCACUGUUCAGGGCGCUUUCUUACAGGCCAGGCUCGGAAGUGAAAUUGGACAAGAAGAUCGGCAGCCGUGAUGCUGAUCAUCAAGCAGCGGUCCUCUUUCACAAGUCUUCCAACUCAACCGAGCGCACAGGAAUCGUGCUGCGCGCCCUAGCAGCGAAGCUGGCGCGAGCCAUGUCCAUGUCUCCCGAAGACAUCGAGCCAAACAAGCCCCUGUCCGUCUACGGUGUAGACUCUCUAAUGGCUGUUGAGUUGAAGAGUUGGAUCGGUAGAGACUUUGGCGCCGCGGUGGCUGUUGGUGAUAUUAUGGGCGGCGUGACUAUCGCGAGUAUUGCUGAGUUAGUUGUUGCAAAGAGGGCGGUUAUGAGUAAGACCGGGGAGUCAUAA